UGGAUCUAUUGCAGCCAUAGGGGGCACUUUUCAUUUGCUUGCAGUAGACGUAACUACUUUCUAGGGAGAUUAUGAGACUGGAUUCCUGCAUUGGUCCGCAGUUGUGUCACCUAAACUGAAGACCCUGACUUGAAGUUGUAGCAUGGGAUUUCAUGUCUGCCGUCGAAACACACCGCUCUACCACCUUUCAUAGUCGACCUGCCUUCAGGGCGUCCUCAUUCACCUAUCUCGUUUUACGCUUCAACAUUUACUUGAGCAGCGUCAUAUUUCACUGAGAAAUGGCCGAGACAUGCAAUGAUUGCUGCCCGAACAUGUUCCACCUCCAACAACUCCGUCAUUAGAGCCUAUAGGCUUCAUCGCCAACUGUAUCUAAGUCAACCAGAUUACUUUCCAGCCUGAAGAUUGAGCCUGUAACUGAUCUACAAACUCGUCGGGCCUUUUCAGCCUCAUUUGCGAGUCGGCGAGCCACCUCCGGCAGGCGGAAUAACUUGAUAUCCCGUGUCAAGGCCCCAAGCGAUGCUGUUGAACUCGAGGUUCACCUGGGCGAUUUGGCCCGCGUCGCUCAAGGUGAACAAGUUAAACCCUUUGACUUCGUACUGCCCAGUUCCGAUACCAGUGAAGAGCCAAUACCAGAGAAUCUUGGUGCAGCCGGCAACAAGGAUCUCGAGAGUAUUAACACCCUCAACUCCCUGGGCACUCAGAACACCGUUGAUGUACUCCUGUUUGCCGACAAAGGUCGCGUUUCCAAGCUAUAAAAAAUGUUAGGUCCUGCAAAGAACACACACGCGGCUGAUAGUGGGUUGUGGAGUCCCAGACUUACCGGUAGACCCUCAAGCGACAAAAUUGAGUCGCUGAUCUCGGUAUAGUUCUCGUCGAGGAGUGCUUGCGCAGUGGCAUUGGCGGCCGUGACAUUGGUGUGAGUCAGUAUGGAAAUGUAUUGAUUGACAAUUGACUCGGCCUGGCCCUGUGACAGGCAGUCAGAGUAGCAGUUUCCGUCGCGUUUGGGCAAUGCCGACGAAGCGACUGACGCCACGAUAGCGAAAGGCGCCAGGAGAGAGAAUGGCUUCAUUUGGAUGUAAGGAGUGGGAUCAGGUUGAAUCUCAGAUAUCAGGCGAAGAAGCGACGGCUGAGAGUAGAGCGACGCAGUGGUGAGGGACGACUAACAUCCAGGAACGGGAGCUUUCUUUAUAGAGCUUCCACUGCUUACCUGCAAGCAAAACAAACAGCGGCGGCGGCUUGAUGAGAUGCCAGGACUUUGCAAGGAUCAUCCACUGCAGUUCCCCUCAUGUCAAGGGAGAAUGCAUGCAAGGCACAAGUAAAGAAGUGCCGCGGGUGAGCGAGAAUGUGCGACAGCGUCCACCACUUGCCGUGUUGACCAGGGCAAAGCUGACUUCCUGCAAGCCCUGCAAAGGAAGCAUCAUCCAUAGCACUUCAACUGGCCGCAUUCUUUCGUCCGAAGACAUGUACUCAGCGCGCGUGCGUGGGUGGUUGGGAGACAUCGGCUUCGUACUUCUGCACGAUAGGCUUUGGUGUAACCAUGAGGAUCAGGGAUCUGAGAUUGAGAUAGUACCCAGGGCUGCAUCUGGAGCAGUCGGAACAUGAAUGUGUCCACUGAUGGACCAGACGUGUACACACCCCCACCGGGAGGACCUGCAGAGACGGGACACAAAUCUGAUAUCAAGUCCCGCCAUGAGGAGAAGAGAAGCUUUUUUGACUCCCCGCUGCUGCUAUCCAGGGCCCGCUCCGCAGUCUGAAGGAGGCUGAGGGAACAUAUUCUCCACGGGGAAGGGCGAGAAUUGCCAGGUCAAGCUGGGCAAAUCAUCCCAGUCUGAGGUCUCCUCUUCCGCAUAUCUUGAUGUCAUGGAUUCCAACCACGAUGCUCCCGAGAAGACAACCAGCGGGGUUCAAAGUCCCUGUCGUCCGCAGUUCAGACCUGCGAGUCGAGACGGGUUCUGCAAGCCCGGCUUGUGGUUUUAUGAGCUUUUGGGUUAUUAACUCAGCGAAGGAGUACAGCAAUAGCUGGGACGUCAGCAACUAUCUGGAUCGUUCGCAACAUACCUCGUUAUUUAGUGUGCGCGGUCGACUGUAGGAGCACUGGCAGACAAGCUUUGCGGGAACUGUGACUGGAUGUGAUCAGGACGUAUCCAGCCCGAUGCUAUGCUUCGCUUGCCGCCCUUGUCCCCUGUCAUGUCUCACUUUCCGUAUGCCUGAUUUGCUGCGCCGAUAGAUAGAGUACAAUACAAAGGGAAGCAAUGCAGCUCAACACAGCAAAGACCUGUAAGGUUAAUAAAGCCGCAUGCAUCCUUGAGCGGGUGUUCGUGGUGUCAAGCCGACGCCUCUACCUACCCAAGGUAGGUAUCUAGGUAUGAUGCUGUGUUCGCUGGAGGGAUGUCGCUUCCAGGAUCUUGUCGGACAAUACAACUCUCCGUAGUAUGGGCAAGACAAGCGUACACCACUUGCCGUUUCAUAUACAUCCGCAUAGACGGCAAAUAUGAAGAGAUGAAAGUAUCUGUACAGCGGACAUUCGCAUCCAUGUCCAAGCAUGGCCCACCC